AUGAACAAGAUUGGGCCAACAAAUGCCUUCGCCCAUGCAGGAUUUAUUGGAAAUAUCCCCCACUCCGACACCUACCCAGCAAUCACGCCCACAGGAAGCGAGCUCAAAGGAAGAUCAAUUUUCAUCACAGGUGCCUCAAAGGGCAUCGGCCGGGCAACAGCCAUCAGCUGCGUGAAGGCCGGUGUAUCAAAAAUCGCAAUUGCUGCCCGGUCUUCCCCCGCCCUGCAAGAACUCGCCCAAGAUCUGGAAGCCGAGGCCGUGAAAUCGAAUAUCCCCAAACCACUCAUCCUUGCGUUAGAGGUUGACGUUACCAGCAAGGAAUCAGUCAAGGCUGCAGCAGAAAAAGUGAAACUUGGGUUCGAAGGAGUACUAGAUAUCCUGGUGAACAAUGCCGGAUACAUGGCAGACAUGAAAACGCGUAUUGGUGACAUUGACAACGAUCCCGACGACUGGGCCAAGGGGUGGGAUGUCAACAUCAAGGGCCCAUACCUAUGCUGCCACUAUCUACUGCCGAUGCUCUUAGUCUCUGAGUUGAAGACGGUCAUCAACAUCACAUCGAUUGGUGCUCACUGUGUUUCAGUUAGUGGGAGUGGAUACAAUACCUCGCGAUUUGCUCUUUGUCGGUUUACGGAAACGCUUGCUCGUGAGUAUGAAAAGGAAGGACUUGUUGCGAUAUCUUUGCAUCCUGGGACUGUCGCAACCGAUAUGGCCGACCAGCUUCCUGAUUAUAUUCAGGAGUUGUCAAAGAAUAGCAGUGCCGAUAAGCCGGCGCUUCCGGCAGAUACUAUUGUGUGGCUUUCCAAGGAAAAGCGUGACUGGUUGACUGGUCGGUUUGUGUUUGGAAAUUGGGACAUGGAGGAGUUGAAGAAAAGGGAAGAUGACCUUAAAGAUAAUGCUGAUUUGCUCAAGUUCCGGUUAACUCUGUGA